AAUAAAACAGAAAGAUCAAGCUCGAGGCUUUUUUUUCAAUUUGCCGUGUUGAGGCGAAACAUCCUGUCACGAUACUUUUACGGGUCAAUACUGUGGAGAGCAGUGUGUCACUUCACUACUCUAUAUUGGGAAUGGAGAAAGCCAAACAAGAUGCAUUCGACAGUGCCAGACUUGAAGUUAUCAGAGACGCCUAUGAGCGGGCCUUCGAGUGCAUCAACACAGGACUCACCGUGGAUGAAGCUGGAGACAAGCCACAGGCCCUGGAGCUGUACAAGCGAGGGCGACAGCACCUUCUCCGGGGCAUUAGUGUGCCUUCUCGGGGAGAGGAGUGUGUUGGCAGCUCCUGGGAAUCGGCCAGACAGAUGCAGAGGAAGAUGCAGGAGACGCUGAACAACAUCACCACUCGGCUGGCCAUAAUCGAGACCAGCUCUGACCUUGAAUCUGCCGCUGCACUCAGCUAUAGCAGCGUGUCCGACCCCGGUGCCGAAAAACCUCUGUACCCAAAACUUCCCGGCCAAAGUAAGCCAGAGAGGCCGGCUCCGCCAAACGCGCUUUCGGCUAAAGGCCAGGAAGCAGGCGCUGUAGGAGGCAAGGCCGCGUGCAGCAGCGAGGGUCUGCCCCUCUCCCCGAGCAGACAGCCCGUUGUUUCAGCCGAGCAGCCCCCGGCUUAUUCCCCUCAGGCGGCCGACGGCCACCUGUCCGUCUCCUAUGGAACGGACGCAGGGGAAAUGUCCCUGGUUGGUGAUGAGUACUACAGCCGCACAUCUAACUCCACCCCGUCCCUCCAGAGCCUGGGUGAAGACGGAGAGGAGCUGGUGUAUAUCCCUCAUGGUGUGCAGAUAUUCUUUGUGACGCCCGAAGGGCAAGUGAGCGCCCCAUCGUACCCGGGCUACCUGCGGCUGGUCAAGUUCACUGGGGACCAUGACGACAGGAUGCCCAACCGACCGCCAGCAUUUUUGCAGGUGUGUGACUGGCUGUACCCUCUCAUGGCCAUGGACUCGCCAGUGUUGCUGUGUAACACCGGUGUGUUCAUGUUUCCGGACAUGAUGGCGCCAACUCCGGGCUAUUACGUGGGGGUGGUGUUGUCCUCCGAGCUGCCUGCUGCAGACCGACAGCUGUUCCAGGAGCUUCUCUCCCAGAAUACGGAUCUCCGAGUUCAGCCUCCAGAUGAAGCUGCAGACACCAUCAAUCUCAGUCAGAAGGUGUCCAUCGUUGUGCCGGAGGAGACUGCAGCGGCAGUGACUGAGGAGGAGGAGGAGGAGGAGGAGAAAGCGCUCCCUGAGUGGAGUGAAAAGGUGUCAAAUGGGAUUUUGACAGGUGCGUCAUGGCUAAGCUGGGGCCUGGUGAAAGGAGCCGAGUUCACGGGCAUAGCCAUUCACAAAGGGGCCUCUAAACUCCGAGAACACAUCACCCCGGAGGACCGACCCACCCACAUCAACCCCACAGUCACCAAAGGCCUCCACGUGGCCAAGCAGGCGACGGGAGGAGCUGUAAAAGUCAGCCAGUUUCUAGUGGACGGGGUGUGCAUGGUCGCCGGCUGUGUGGGCCGAGAGUUGGCUCCGCACGUGAAAAAACACGGCGGCAAGCUGAUCCCGGAGUCUAUGAAGAAAGACAAGGACGGCCGCUCCAACAUAGAUGGAGCGAUGGUGGUGGCCGCCAGUGGAGUGCAAGGAUUUGCGACCAUGUGGACGGGUUUGGAAGUAGCCGCAAAGGACAUUACUGCGAGUGUAGCGUCAGAGACCGUCACCACAGUAAAACAUAAAUUUAGGGGACUACAAAACAUCCGUGACACACCUAAUACAAAGGGGCGGCAGCAGGACAAGCCACAGACCAUGCUGUCAAUUCUGCCAUUAAUGUCGGCCUCACUGCCUUCAAUGUUGACAACCUGGGAAUCAAAGCUGUGGUGAAAAGGACUGGAAAGCAGACAGCCAAGACCAUUUUGGAAGACUACAAGCUGCAGGUGAAACCAGAGAGUAGCAAGCAAGUGGAGAAAUCGAGUAAAUAGCUCAUAGUGCCCUGCCUCUCAACUGCACCUUAAAAUAUCAUUUGUAUUCUAUCAAAUGAGUUUUGUUGACUGAAUAUUUACUAUGUAUAACAACAUGUUCUAUAUUUAGAAUGUAACUACUGUUUUAUGCAUAUUUAACAGUUUGAUAUAGCUCUUUGGCACUUUAAUCUUAAUGUUAAAUAAAGAUGGACGACAGGAAUAAAAACAGCAGGUUUCAUAACUCAAACAUAAAACAUGGUUAUUGAUUUUAUUGACAGUUAUUAUCACUUCACUUAGGAGGUGCCAGUUUAAUUCUGCGCUUUGUACCAACGCAGCAUUUAAUUGUUGCUGACUAUACACUGGAAACUUUCCCAACCUUCGUGAAGUAUCUGUGUUCAUUGUGAGUUUAUCCCCGGUAAAGUAAGUGCAAUUUACAUGCUUUGAAUGAAUGGUGAAAAUAUUAUAUGUAUAUUGAAAUGAAGUAUAAUCACCGCUGCCCACUGUGCCUGAAAACAUCAAAUAAUAUACAAAAAUCCAAUGUGUUCAAAAGUCCAUUAUGUAUUUUUCUUAGUACAUAAUGGACUACGUCAAUCUGUAGUCAUAGAUUUGUCCAUCUAUUAUCGAUGAGGGUUUGUGCUGUGUUUUAACUUUCAGUUCAGUUUGAUUUAGGUUUUCAAAAUAAUUAUAAUAAUAAUAAUAAUCUUAUUUUGAUGGCCAACGUUUAGAUAACUGUGAAUUUUGAAGUGUAAUAAGAAAAGUGUGACUAUAGCUUGGAAACCCGUGGGUCCUUUUGUGUGGUCUGCUUUGUCAUCUUUAUAAACUGCUUUAAGACAUCAGCAGGUUGAUGCACAUUUGAAAUGUCUUUCUAGUAUUCUAGUUGGGCAUUGAGAUUUCUUUCCCACCUGAAAUAUGAAGAAUAUUCUGAAAUAAUAAAAAUGAAGAAGUACUAUAUUCUGUAUUUUCAUUUUUAUUUGAUCUUUGUGGUAUUGAGUAAUUUUCUUAUUCAAAUAAAAUAAACACCUUAAAUCCGUCGCCCUAUACCUCCAUCUAGCAGCUAUGUUGUGCAACAUAGAUAUAGUGUAUUUUUACAGUAUACAAGUGAUGGUUUAUUCUGUUACCAAAAAUAGCAUUACUGCAUCCACAGAUGAAAUUAUUUUUUAUAUUUCCUGUCCAGCCAGUUUUGGAUUACUUUAUGACUUUCAGUUAUUUUUUUGUUUCACUAAAUAGAAAUUUGAUUGAAAACUUUUGGUCUUGCUUGCACUUUUAAUUAAUUGUGUGAAUUUCAAGAUUAAGAAUGUCUGUGUGUGUGUGUUUAUUCAUAACUAAAGUGACAAAUAUUUAUUUAAUAUGGUUUAUGUUUGGAAUAAAAACAUUAAUAAAAAUCUA